AUGAACAUGGUGUUGUCGCUCGCCCUGUUUUUCUCUCUAUUCUCUGCCAUUCAAGCCUUUGCCUGUCCCAACGGUACCAUUUCAAUUCCGGGCCAACAUCUCUGCGUGGUUCCCGUGCCUCAAGCGGCCAACUACAACAACGCGAUCCGGGAAUGCGAUCGCCUGGGCGGCGGGGUGGUGAAAAUCGAGAGCGUCUUCGAGAAUGCGAUCCUGUUCGGAAUUUUGGAGUCGUCGUUCAACGGCUCGGCGGCGUACAUCGGGGUCGAGAAGUCGGCCAAUGGGAAAUGGGUGUACUCGGAUGGGUCGCCGUUGAAUUACACGAAUUGGGCGGCGGGACAACCCUCCACCGGCUAUUGUGCCCAAAUCGACCCUUCAUCGACAAAAUGGAAAUCGCUUGACUGCUCCACAUCACUUCCCUAUUUCUGCGGAGUCGAUGGCAACAAAUUUCAAUGCCCGGAUGGCUGGGUGUACUCACCGGAUACGGACUUUUGCUAUUAUUUACAGAAUUUCACGACGCCCGACUCGAUCCAUUGGCAACUCUACAAUUGGACGACGGCCGAGCUGAAUUGCCAAAAAAUGGGCUCCCAUCUCGCGUCGAUCCACUCGAAAGCCGAGAAUAACUUUAUUUUUAACCUGAUCUACUAUCGCGGGCCGACUUCAUCGAACGCCUCGCCCAACAACUGUGAUUAUUCAAGGGCGUGGAUCGGGCUGUAUGGCAAUGCACAAAUCGGUAAUAGCAAUCUGUGGUCGGACGGGACGUUCAUCGAUUUCCGCGAUCCAAGCACGUCAGCUAUAACGUCGGCACAGUAUUGGGCGGCCCACUCCGGCGCUUGCCUCAGCUACUCCCACUGGGACUCGUUCGCCUCGGAUGCGCCGCCGAACGCCUCGCGCUACGUGUGCAAAAAGGACAGCCUCUAUCGCUCGGGGCGGGCU